CGACCGCGUCCUGGCUGGAUUGAAUUGGAGCGAGCGCGGCUUCGACAAAUCCAAACCAAUCCACAAUCCAGCCUUGGACCGCCCGCCAGAUAUAAGUCUAGACUUAACCCCCACCACCCAGAGCUUCAGCCCCUCCGUUGCCUCCUCUUACGAACAUCUUCAACUACGGGUCGGUACUCACAGGGAGUCGUCACAAUGUCGGGCGCAUCGGGCAAAUGGCGCGAGGACCAGGUCCUGGUCAUCUGCCCGGGGAGCAAGACCACCAUGGCCCAGCUGGGCUGUGGCGACCUGACCCCGCCCGCCCAUCGCAUCCCGACGCGCAUGUUCGGGGACGACGAGUCGGACGGCUACCGCCCCUUCUUUGUCGAGAAGCGCAAGAAGGCGUCAGCGGGCGGCGCCAAUGGCGUUGACCAGGCCGACGAGUACGAGUACAUCGAGGACCCCGACUCCGACGAGGGCGCCGUAUACCCCAUCAGGGCCGGGCGCAUCGUCAACAUGGCGGCCUUCCUGGCCUUCCUGGACUACGUGCACGGCCUCCUGACGACGACGUUUCACAACACCCCGAUAAUGCUGAUGGCGUCGCCACAAUGGACGCGCCCGGACUGCGAGGCCAUCGCGCGCUACAUCUUCGAAAAGACAAAGACUCCGGCGCUCUGUCUUAUCCACAGCGCCGUCGCUACACAGUACGGCCUGAAAUGGCCCAGCAUGACGGUCGUAGAUAUUGGAUUCGAGAAAGUCGACGUGACGUGCAUAUACGACAGCAAGGUCGUGGGCUACCGUCAGGUUAGCGACCCCCUGGAUGGUGAGCCCGGCGAGGCCAUCUCGGGUGGUGAGGUCUUCACGCGCAAGCUGCUUGGUCUCCUCAAAGACAAGGAGUUCACAUACGAGAUGGUCGAGCAACUCAAGAAAAGCCACAUCUGCGAAGUCCUCCCCUACGUGCCCGAUGCGCCGAAGCUCAUGGAGCUCCCCAAAGAGAACGCCACCCAGGCUGCCAGCGCAGCGCCUCCCCCCAGCACCGUUAUCCAGGAGGCCCAGGACGUCCCGGACACGCUCGAGCCGGCGCGACCCCCACUACCCGUCCCGGAUGCGGACGAGGACAUGGGGACCGGCGAUGACAAGCCUGCUGAAACAGACGACGGCGUUCUCGACGUCGCCAGCAUCGUUACCAGCGGCCAGACAAAAGAGUUCCUUGCCAAGAAGGAGAAGGAGAAGGUAGAGAAGAUAAAGGCCAAGAAGCAGGCAAAGGGUCAGGAGCCCGAGGCAGCGGCCGGCAAGGCCGCCCGUUUGCCCAACUCGAAGCGAAUGCGCAACAUGUUCCAUUAUGAGGAGCUCAAUCGGGAGCCGGCUCCGGAAGAAGUCGAAACAAACGCCCAGGAGGUGGCCAGGCCUGAGGCGACGGCAGCCGCGACAGAGCCUGGUGUGUCGGAGCCGGCAAGUGGAGAUGUCGCUGCCUCGGCAGAGGGCCAGACGAAAGCGGCCGCAGACGAUUCCAAGGACCCAGGCAACGAUGGUCAAGAGAAGGCUCCAGAGAAAAAACCAGACGCCCCCAUGUCGUUCUUCCCUUCGGCAGAGCCCCCGCCACCUGCGGCGUCAAGCACUGAGCGCGCCGUCAAGCGGAUACGACGUGACAUCGAAGUUGGCCUGGAGAGGUUUACGUUCGCCGACCGAGCUGAGAUCGAUCGGAUUGUGACGGCGAUAUACCAUGCAGUGCAGGGGAUCGAAGACAUGUACAUGCGGCCCUCAUGCUGGGAGCACAUUGUUUUUGUCGGAAACGGUGGGCGCCUCCGGGGUCUGAGGGAAAACAUUAUCCAGACGCUCAACGCACGGCACUUGGUGUCGCCCAGCACGGCCACCAUGUUUACGUCGGAGCUUCCGUCGAACCUGGGCACGCCGUCCGGAACGGGCUCGCAAACGCCCGUGGGCAGCUUCACUGGCCCACCACACCAGCUACCUAACGCUUCGAUGGCGGGACCGACAUCGUCGGGAGUGAACCCGCUCCUUCGCGAUGCCGUGACAGCGGCAUCGCUGGGUGUUUCCGGCGGCGGCAUGACUCCCGGUAUGCAUACUGCUGGAUCCAAUGCCGGCGAUGCAAACAACGGCGGAAUGGUCUCGUCACACUUCCACAGCCAGACGCCAACAGCUAUCAAGCUGGCUGCCCUGCCUGCCUACCUGGGCGAGUGGACCAAGAACGGGUACGAGGAGGCCAUGUUCUUGGGUGCCCAAGUCGCGGCACGUCUGGCCUUCUGCAUGCACAACCUGAACGGCGCCGAGGUCGACGCUCAACGGCUGAUGAGCCUGAAUCGUAUCGAGUUCAACGAGUAUGGCCCCAAGGCGAUCCGGACACAUUCUAUGCUGGGUUGGUAGUCACAACGUGUAUCGGCACCAGAAUUGUCACAACAUGUGUCGGCACCCGAACCCGUCACAAAAGCCACCAAAGCCACCGAAACCAUCGAAACUACCAAGGCUACCAAACCAACCAGGAAAAGGGCGAUGGCGACAAAAAUAAAAGGCAAGAGAUUUGUUCGCGGAAAAUGCCGAGCUGCCUAGCUUCACAUCCCCCCGCCUGCAUAUAUGUCUUUGCGGGAAGUCCAGUCUCUAGGAGUUUGGUGACUUUGCGUCCUGAAAAAGUUGGCUGCGGCGGGACUGUCUGGCUUGGGGGUUGGGAGUCAUGGGUUAUCUAAAUAUUUCUUUUGGAGGAAGCACUUACCAGCCGGGAGAACACUGGUGAGAGGACUCUUUUAUUUGAUUUUCUUCGGACAGCGGUUAUCUUGACAUGUGUCUAUGGCAACCAUAUCGUCUCUGGAGUAUGGUCCAAGCACAGCGACCACUUUGUUGUCCCUCAUUUUUAUUGAAACAGAGAUCCAGACAUUACUGUUUGCAAUUCCCUUUGGAUGUCUCUUCACAAGAGAAUUCGGUGAGGCAUUGUGGACCACGAAAGACAAGCGGGAGUCAGGGGUGCUGGGCGCAUUGAGUGUGACUCAUUUUGUUCGAUACCAGUUGAAAGCUGUUACCACAAACAUUCCUGCCCCCAGGAACCCAACUGGAGAUUCCUCUCGUUCGUCCCGACGGUCAUACCACACCGACCUUGGACAACCUGUGCGUG